CUCGAUUCUUUCUUCUAGCUUUCUGGUCCUAGACGCACAAUUGCUUCAGAGAUUUAGUUAAUACCCCUCCUUCAACUAUUCAGCCCUUGGCUUCUUGUGUGGCGCCAUACUCAGCUCACCAUCAGCUCUGUCUCGCGCAGGACCACAAUCCAACCUCAGCUUCCAACACUGACCCAGUCUAUUCGAGACCAACAUGCCAGCCUCCACAGCAGACAUCACAAAUAACAUGCCUUCAGCCACAGAAAACGGAAGUGACGACGUACGCGUCCUCGGAUACGACCCAUUGAUUCCGCCCGCGCUCCUCUCCUCCGAGAUCCCCAUCCCAGCACACGCAGAACAGACAGUCAUCCAGGGCCGCAAAGAUGCCGUCCAAAUCAUCACACAGCAAGACGACCGUCUCCUCGUCAUGGUCGGACCCUGCUCGCUGCACGACCCAGAACUGGCCCUCGAGUACUGCCAGCGUCUCAAGGCCCUCGCCGACAAGCUCAGCGACAACCUCCACAUCAUCAUGCGUGCUUACCUCGAGAAGCCGCGCACAACAGUCGGCUGGAAGGGUCUGAUCAACGACCCGGACAUCGACGAGAGCUACCAGAUCAACAAGGGUCUCCGUGUCUCCCGCAAGCUGUUCGUUGACCUCACAUCCACAGGCAUGCCCAUUGCCUCGGAGAUGCUCGAUACCAUCUCCCCCCAGUUCCUCGCAGACCUCAUCUCGCUAGGUGCUAUCGGUGCGCGAACUACCGAGUCUCAAUUGCACCGUGAGCUUGCGUCUGGUCUCUCUUUCCCCAUUGGUUUCAAGAACGGUACCGAUGGCGGUCUGCAAGUAGCAGUUGAUGCUAUCGGGUCUGCUGCCGCGAAGCACCACUUCAUGGGUGUGACCAAGCAGGGCCUGGCUGCCAUUACGCGAACGGCUGGCAACGAGCACUGCUUCGUCAUCCUCCGCGGCGGAUCCAAGGGCACCAACUUCGACCGCGACAGCAUCAAGACUGUCCGCGAAGCGUUAAGGAAAAAGAACCUUCCCGAGGUCAUGAUGGUUGACUGCUCGCACGGCAACUCCAACAAGGACCACCGCAACCAGCCCAAGGUCGCCAAGGACAUCUCCGACCAGAUCCGCGACGGCGAGACUGGCAUUGUCGGCGUCAUGAUCGAGUCCAACAUCAACGAGGGCAACCAGAAGGUGCCUGCAGAGGGUCCCGCCGGACUGAAGAAGGGUGUCUCCAUCACUGAUGCCUGCAUCGACUGGGAGAGCACUGUCACCGUGCUCGAGGACCUCUCCUCUGCUGUUGCGGAGCGGAGAUCGAAGAAGAGCAAGGCCAAUGGCGCGCACUGAUUGCGUUGUCAGCCUCGAACUUGUGUAUAUAUAGUGUUUGAAUUGGGAGUUUGUGGGGGGUAAAAGCAAGCGACGAGAUGGCGCUACGAGUUCGGUGUAGUUAUGCCUCACCUCUUGGAGUAGUUAUGAAACUUUGCUCCUUGUCUUUUGUAUUGAUUCUGCGUGAGCCACGGUUUGCGACGUUGCAGAACAUUGAUGUACAAGUCUUGACAAC